AUGUGGAGCGGCUUAAAACAAGAGUGUCGGAUCAGACAACUCAAAGUCCUUGGCGAUGAUAGUAUCUUCGGGACGGAACGCCCGUAUGAUCUAAUUCAAGCCCAGAUCAUCUUCGAACGAGUUGAAACGAAGUUAAAUAUGCAAAAUAGUGCUGUAUCUCAUUAUACUGAUGAUCUCACAUUCCUUGGCUACCAGAUCAACUACGGAGCACCAUCAAAGCCUCUUGAUAGAUGGCUUGCGGCACUUUUGUUUCCCGAAGAAAUGGACAGGUCAUGGAGUGAUGUAGCCACUAGAGCAUUGGGAUUGCUCUACGCAUGCGCUGGAUGUAACGACCGCUUUGAU